AUGCCAAGGUUGAAUAUUUCAACUCCAAGUCCGGGCCUUCGGCACAGCGGGAGGAAUCAGCACCAAAGAGCUAUCCUGGGCAAGGAUCAUCAUACCCUCCCAGGAGGGCUGACGACUCUUCGGCAGGUCACAAGUGAAAGGACGACCGUGAUAAUCGGCAGGAAAGCUCAAAGAAAGGGCGUGGGAAAUACGGUCGCAAUGACCACCGAGCGCCACUACCGAAUCACAACCGCGCUCAGGAAGUCUUCACCCUGUUGA